GGGCGUGAGCGGUUGCGCCAUGUUAGCGCUGCACGUUGCAGCCGCAGCAGCCAGUAGCAGCAAUACUGAGACAUAUGCGGGAUUAUAGAGCUAAACCCGGCCAGCAGCCACAGAGAAGAUUGCAAUUGCGUCUCGAGGCUUUUAUUUAAUGCACCGCACCCAAGAAGAAGCCAGGAUUGCGAUCCCGUUUUGGAAUUAUUAUUUAUUACUGUGCCAGGUGCCCCUUGAAUUGAAUGUAAUGUGAACAUCUAAGUUCCAGCAAUGUGGUUAUUUUCCUGCAGAUGAGCUGCUGUUUUGUCCUCUCCCCCCUCCUGUUCUCCUUUCAUCAUAAUUCAAUAUCAUCUUCAAUUCACUGGACUCUCCUAGACCUGUAUAUGAAGACGGAGUGGGGACCGUAAUGACCGCACGCUUCCGGUUGCCUGCUGGCAGAUCUUACGAUGUGGGAGCGUUGGAGGAGGCCAGAGAGAGACAGCACGCGCAGGUGGUGUGUAACGUUUUACUGCUGGACAACACAGUACAGACCUUCAGAGUCAAUAAGCAAGAUCAGGGGCGAAUCUUGUUGGACAUAGUGUAUAAACACUUGGAGCUAACGGAGCAAGACUACUUUGGCCUUCAACUAGCAGACGACUCUUCUGACAGCCAGAGGUGGCUGGACCCAAACAAACCUAUUAGAAAACAGCUCAAAAGGCUGUCUCCACAUAAUCUGAGAUUUAGAGUGAAGUUUUUCGUGAGUGACCCUAGUAAACUACAGGAAGAGUACACAAGGUAUUUGUACUUUUUGCAACUGAAGCAGGAUAUUCUGAGUGGCAGACUCCCUUGCCCACAAAAUACUGCAGUUCUUCUGGCUUCUUAUGCUGUUCAGGCUGAGCUGGGGGACUACAAUCACUCCGAACAUUUGCCUGGGUACCUCUCCGAGUACAGCUUCAUUCCCAACCCACCGCAGGACUUUGAGAAAGAGGUCACCAAACUUCACCAAGAGCACAAUGGACUCACACCAGCUCAGUCCGAGUUUAACUACUUGAAUGCUGCGUGGACGCUGGAGCUGUAUGGCGUGGAAUUGCACUAUGCUCGGGACCACUGUAACGCAGAGAUUUACAUCGGAGUUUUGUCUGCCGGCAUCUCCGUCUAUAAGGACAGGGUACGAGUCAACCACUUUCCAUGGUUGAAAAUUGUAAAAAUAUCUUUUAAAUCUAAACAGUUUUUUAUACAACUAAGGAAAGAACUGACUGAGAACAGAGAGUCUUUAUUGGGUUUCAACAUGAUGAACUACAGAGCUUGUAAGAACUUAUGGAAGGCCUGCGUGGAGCAUCACACGUUCUUCAGACUGGAGCGGCCCGUUCCUCCGGAGAGAAACCUCUUUCUGCAGUACUUCACCCUCGGAUCUAAGUUUCGCUACUGUGGGCGGACAGAGGCGCAGUCUGUACAGUACGGAAAGGAAAGAGGCAACAAGAACAGAGUUUUUGCAAGGUCGCCGAGCAAGCCUCUGGUCAGGAGACUGAUGAGUGGCUUGGACUGGGAGACCGUCAGCAGGAAUUCCCUCUCGGACGACCGACUGGAGACUCAGAGUCUGCCGAACCGUUCUCCACCAGACUCGCCCGAUCAUAACUCGGUGUUUACCACAGACGGGGCACGGGUCAGGCCGUACUCCAUUGGUCACCUAGUCGAUCACGUGAUCAAUGACUCGCCAUGCCAGACGUUCACCAAUCACAAGUCUGCGUCCUCCACGCAGGCCAACAGCAUCAGCCUGGACUCCACACCGUCUCCUGAUGUGACGACAGAUGAGCAGCCGCCUGCUCUGCCCCCAAAACAGUCCAGAAGAGACCCUCUGACCCACAACGGCAGAUCCCAGUCUCAGCAUGAGCUGGACGAGCACCUCAGUGAACUAUACAACGUACCUGCGGCGUCAGGAAAGAGCAUGAAUGGAGCUGUGCCUCAUGACAAUCUUGUUCUGAUUAAAAUGAGGCCAGAUGAAAAUGGACGAUUUGGAUUUAAUGUUAAGGGUGGCGCUGAUCAGAGGAUGCCCAUCAUAGUGUCCCGUGUGGCUCCAGGAACUCCGGCUGAUAUGUGUAUGCCGCGCCUCAACGAGGGCGACCAGGUGGUGCUGAUUAACGGUCGUGAUAUAUCAGAGCACACUCACGAUGACGUGGUUAUGCUAAUUAAGGCCAGCUGUGAGGACCAAUCAGGAGAGCUCAUCCUGCUCGUCAGACCCAAUGCCAUCUAUGACGUGGAUGAGGAGCAGGAGAAGUUGGAUCUGGAGCCAGAUUUCCAGUAUAUUCCAGAGAUAUCCGGUCUGGAGCAGUGCCACUCGGAGGCCGAUAGUUUGAGAUCCUCCAUCCAGCUGCUGAGAGACGGCCUUUCCAGCGGCACCGUGCUUGCACAGUUUGAUCAACUGUACAGAAAGCGUCCUGGGAUGUCCAUGUCAUGCGCCAGAUUGCCACAAAACGUCUCCAAAAACCGCUAUCGGGACAUUUCUCCAUAUGACACCACUCGAGUUGUGUUGAAGGGGACGGACGAUUAUAUCAAUGCAAAUUUCAUUAAUAUGGAGGUCCCAGGUAAAUGUGAAGUAAAGCGGUAUAUCGCCUGUCAAGGGCCUCUUCCUGGUACCUGCUCUGACUUCUGGCAGAUGGUGUGGGAACAGAGCGCCGCCCUAGUGGUCAUGCUCACAACACAAGUUGAACGUGGCAGGGUGAAAUGUCAUCAAUACUGGCCAAACGUUUCGUCAAGUGGCACCUACGGAGGCUUUCAGGUUACAUGUGUGUCAGAGGAAGGGAACUCGGCGUACCUGCUCAGAGAUUUGACGCUUACACACCUGGAGAGUAAAGAAGAAAGGCAGAUUUGUCAGAUGCAGUACAUGGCGUGGCCUGACCAUGGCGUCCCAGAUGACUCGUCGGACUUCCUGAACUUUGUCAGUCAAGUACGCAGCAAAAGAACCGACGCAUCUGAACCUGUGGUGGUUCAUUGCAGCGCUGGGAUUGGUCGAACCGGGGUGCUUAUCACUAUGGAGACAGCGAUGUGUUUGAUAGAAAACGGUCAGUCGGUGUAUCCCUUAGACAUCGUCAGAACCAUGAGAGACCAGCGUGCCAUGAUGAUCCAGACUCCUAGCCAGUACCGUUUUGUCUGCGAAGCGAUUCUGAAAGUUUAUGAUGAGGAGCUUGUAAAGCCAUUUGAGACUGAGCCUCCGGUCGAAAAGGAAGAAUGAACACUGCCCUUCAGCAUUUCUGAGGUUCUUCUGUGAUUUACAACUACUGCCAGUGAGAUCUGCGCUCAGCUCGCUGUCGCCCCCCUGCUGGAAGUCAGUGGACAUGACCACCUGCAAGCUAGAAUACAGACGAAAAAGCACUAUUGCACUUUACAGCGACAAACAAUGACUUAAGGAAAUUUUUCAUUACAAAAAAAAAACAGUAUCAGGUUACUGAUGAGUAGGUUCGGUUAAUAAUGUUAAUUAUUUGAGUUAGAGAAAGAAAUUUGCUUUUGCUUUUGUGCCAAAAGCUGAAAUGAGCCACAGUCCAUGUCAGAAUUAACUCUUGCAACUAAUGACAGCACGUUUUAUGUUUUAUUUAUUUGUUUUGGGGGAUUUUUAACAGUGGACUUGAACAAUAGGUGCAACAGGUGCUCUGCCCAUUUUCUUCCCUUUUCCUGACUGUGACUGUAAUUGUUUUAACGUUUACGUUCAAAACAGAAGUCAAAAUAGUUAACUUUUUUUUAAAUUGUCAAACAAAAACAAAGCUUUUAACGAUACACAUUUCAUUAGUUUUUACCCUGGCGCUGCAAAUAUAGUCUUUCAUAAAGUACUUUAGACUUUUGUAAAGUACUUUCUUUACUUGAUCAAGUUUCCAUGGUAACAUUAAAGUUCUCUAUAAAUUUAGCGAAAUUAACAGGCCACCUGCUGCAUUAAAUAUGAGCCAUGGUGAAGAUGUUUCUUGCUGCCAAAUUUCACAGCUGUUUGCCUCUAAAACCAGUUGGUACGUCGCUUUGGCUAAUCGCUAUUUAUUGCAAGGCUACAUGUAGUACGUAAAACGGCUGGCGUUUUGUAUCAUUAAAUAUGCAUCAGGCAGCUGUUCCUCUUUCAGAUCCAUGUUUGCCGGAUCUUUGAAGCAUAUUGUUUAGAAAAUAAAGCUGUGAAUUUCACAUUAGCUUCGUUGGCGGAAACUUGAUACUCAAUUGAUAAGUAUGGACGCAAAUUAAAUGUUUACUGUACGAUUUAGUCUAGCGUUUUCUCUGGUUAGCAUAAAGAUCAUCUCAUAUUCCCAAUUACCAAUUUUCUUCCAUGUUUACGAUCAAAUUUUCAAAACCUCUACUGUAAGAAAUCUAUUACCUUCAGAUUUUAGUUGGUCAUCCUGUACGAAUAAUUUUGUGUUUUUGGUUGAGAAGAAAUAUCUGCUCCACUCUCUGAAGAUACCGGUUUUAAUUCUGCUUAUCAUUGGUUGUGCUUAUCCAUAUCUCCUCUUCUCUAACUAGUUACCAGUUAGAUAUUACCUGCAAUGUACUCGAAAGGUGGUCAUAGUUCAUUUAGUACUUGCUAUGACUGUAUAGAUGAUACAGAACUUAUUGGCUGGUUUAACGUUUUAUUAACCGCAAGUGCAAAUUUAAAAAAUCAAUGAAUUUAAUUAAUUUUUAGUUUUAAGUUAACAUUUUCUGCAUUCUGAAGAGAAAGGAUACGUAUGAAUUAUGGAGGAAAUUUUUUUCAUGUGACACUCCGGACCAUCUUAAUUGUUUGCGAAUUAUUUUACAAACAUUUUCCUCCAUACGAUGUUUUGCGGUGCCAUUGCGCAAAAGAUUUGGCGUCAAGGACCAAUCCCGCCCACCGUUUUGAAUGUGAGCUGAUUUUGCUUCAGUGUGCGUCGUUAUAGCGCAGCAGAUAGAAAUAUACUACCGACGUCCAUAUGUCGGAAGUGUGGUAUUUUUGUAUUUAACGAAAACCGGACAAAAAAAGGACAGCACUUUGCAACUGACUGUGGAAGUCAGCUGUGCUACUGUAGAAUUUAUACUGUAACUGUGUGAGGGGGGAAAAUAUGCUGUUUAAUUAUUUAUGUUGAACAUUUUGUCAAAUACGGACACCUGUGGGGUGGGGUGGGGGGGGCUCAACUACAUAGUGUCAUAUGUGAAAUACUUGUAAAUACAAUGUUAUAUAUUAAAAGUGUUCUGAAAAGAUAA